UAUAUCAUUCGAGAAACGGUCCAGCAGCUAAUUCCGCGACACGAUUGUAAUUGUCUAGUAGAAGAACUCAUUCUGACAUUUGCAACAGACAACUUUGAAAUUCACGAAAGUAUUAUUUUCUGUAACAAAAUGUGACACAGAUUCAUACUUUUAAUAUUUAAUCGUGACGUUUAAAAUAUGAAUUAUCGACAAUAUAAGUCAAAUAGACAGGCGUGGAAGAAAGUCCAAUGUCAGCUCUUCUAGAUGUAUGUGGAAAUGAUACUGGCUCGCCAUCGAUAUCAAAGGCCGAAGAUAAUCUGUCCAAUAGUGAUAGGCCCCUGAUUAAGGGUUUUAUUCGUCAAAAUAGUUGCAGCAGUAUACGUAUGAGGACAAUUGGUUCUUCGCGCGGCAUGUCAUCAAUCAGCGAAAAAUCCAUGAAAAGGCGUUAUUGCUUAUGGACGUUGACUCUAAUCUUGGCAAUAAUCGGCCUUUGCAAUCUUUUCUUAAAUAUCACUGUCAUCGCAGUUUUGCGUAUCAGCCAAGGAAUGGAAGCAAUGGAAGUAAUUCCAGAUGAAAAUCUCGUCAAGUUCUAUGGAAGAACUGAUUUAGAUAAGGUAUCUCUGCAGUCAGGUAUCUGUCAGAGCUAUGGUGACGAAUCAAUGGAGAUAUCCGGCGACGAAGCCGGUGUGCGUGUCGAUGUGAAGAGUCGGCGCACACAUGAACAUCCGCGAUCCAAAUUGGGUAUCCUACCAAACGGUACAACGAUGUCACAAGUAGAAUCGUUUGAAGUAAAGGAUCCGCGAACCGGUGUGAUUUAUUUUACCACCGAUUUUCCCAAUUUUGGCCUGCCGAGCGGCGUUGAGAAAAUUGAUGUUAAAAUUGCGGAAACCCAUCGGAUUACAUCGCCAGUCAACGAGAGUUUAGCAAUUAGCUCCGACAAUCAGAUUUCUUUACAUGGCGCAGAGGGGGUGCGAAUGGAGAGUAAAGACAUCGUUUGGAGCGCCGACGUGGACGUUUUUCUCAAGAGUGUCAAUGGCAGUAUCAUGCUAGACGCUAAAGACGGCAUUUCUAUAGAUGUGGAGAACAUCCCUGUGGCGCCCAUGUUUCUGCAAAAUCCCGCUACGAGUCACGAGCAAUACAAAGUCUGUGUGUGCAUGCCACAAGGCAAGCUUUUCAAGGUACCUGUUCGCCCAGGCACUGGUUCCCGUGCGAUCAAUUGCGCACGAGUCGUUCGAACCCCGGACAACGAUCCUUGUCUGCAUUAGAUCGCUGAAGACUGACGUUUUCUAUACGUGAAGCUUUCGUACGGGUUUAAACAAUGUACUGCACAUCACUGCCAACUACGAGAAAACUACAAGUGCAUACAAGAUACAGGCACUCGCAAUCUAAUGUAUUUACCGUUAUUAGACAGCAUCUUAAAUGGUACUCUCGAGGUACGUGAAAAAGGCUGGUUUCGACACAGUAUUAGUUAUUAAUUUAUUGAUACGUAAAGAAAACAGACAUGAGAAGAUAUCUUUUGACGAAAAAAUAAUUUAUAUGAUUUAUACGGUUCUGUAUAAGAAUCUAUAUCGAUUCAUAUAAAUUGAUUUUACUUUAUAACUUUGUCUUUCUCUAAGCACUCACAUAUUAUCAUAUCUAGUAUUAUAACUAUAUUAAAAAAUAAUUAAAAAUAAUUGAGGAGUUUAUCUCAAAAAAGGGAAUGAGUGUAAUAGUGGCCUUAAAAAAAAAUUCCAAUUUUCCAUUAGAAGAGCUUGUAUGUUUACUGAAGAUGUUAAAGCAAAAUACAAUUUAAAAUCUUUUCAAGCAAAAAAUUAAAAAAAUGAAAAUUAGAGGAUACACAGCCCAGACAGCAUAAGAUCUCCUGAGGAUGUUCUAAGGACGUCCUGAGGACGAAGAAAUGUCCUCAGGACUUCCUCAGGAUGUACUCUAGAUGUCCCCUGGACAUCUGUACUGUUAGGGAGAUUAUCUUGUAAUUAAUAUUAUCCAUAAGAACUUUGUAUGAGUUUAAGUAACUCCUCAAUUAAAAUAAAUGUAAAAUCCUUUGAAACAAAAAUAAUUCAUAUUUUAGUUAUAAUAGUUAACGCUCUAUAGUUGUCAUUUUCUAUGUUUGUUCCUUGUAAGUUGUGUAAUUUUAUUGUCCGACUUGUAUCAUAAUCGAUCAUCUCACUCUAAAGUUAUUUCUUUCAUUCGAUAUACAAAAGAGAAUGCAAAGCGAAGUUGUCACUCGCAAAGUAAAUAAUUUUAACGCAGAAUCUGCUGCAAAUACAAAAAAGGUUUAGAAAAAUUAUAAUCGUUUAGUAUGGAGUACACAUAAUCUAUUCUUUAUUUCACGAAUUCGUAAAAUUUUCUACUAACAAGUAGCGGGUUUUAAAUUUCACGUACAAUAUUUUCAAUCCUACAUUCAAAUUAUAUGCUGUGUUAACAUCAACAGCAUGCAAAUAUGUAAUGUCAAAUUACUCACAAUAACUCAUUCAUCAGCAAAUCUUAUAUGUAAAUAUUAAAUACAAUAUGUCUUUAAAAAUAA